AUGUGCUGUGUUUCACAAUGAGUUGAAGGCAGCGGGUCACGUGCGCUGUCGUUUGUAGUAGGAGCAGGUGGUUUCUGUCGAGCGAGCGCUGAAGAGUCUAAUUUUGGGCCGCAGCCCUGUCUGGGUCAACGAUGAGGGAAUACAAGAUAGUGGUGUUGGGGAGUGGUGGUGUUGGUAAAAGUGCCUUGACAGUACAAUUUGUACAAGGAAUAUUUGUAGAAAAGUAUGACCCCACCAUUGAGGACAGCUAUCGUAAGCAAGUUGAAGUCGAUGGGCAGCAGUGUAUGCUGGAAAUUCUGGACACAGCUGGCACAGAACAAUUCACAGCAAUGCGAGACCUGUACAUGAAGAACGGACAGGGCUUCGUGCUGGUCUACUCCAUUACGGCCCAGUCGACAUUCAACGACUUGCAAGACUUGCGUGAACAGAUACUUAGAGUCAAAGAUGCGGAAGACGUGCCAAUGAUCCUGGUGGGCAACAAGUGUGACUUGGAGGACGAGCGAGUGGUGGGCAAAGACCAAGGUGCCAAUCUCGCCCGCUCUUUCAACAACUGCGCCUUCCUGGAGAGUUCCGCAAAGGCCAAGAUCAACGUCAACGAGAUCUUUUACGACCUGGUGCGGCAAAUCAACCGCAAGAACCCAGAGAAAAAGAUGAGCACAAAGAAGAAGACAAAGUGUGUUAUGUUGUAGGUGGUGCUGGUGCCACUGUACAGAGAAUGCGAAAACCCUGCACCUCAUUUAUCAUUGAAGCAGCACAAGACUGAAGAAAUCUUUGUUGACUCCCCGCAGCGGAAAAAAGCUUUGACACCACUUCACCCCCCUCUCUCUCUCUAUCUCUCAUCUAUCUGUGCAUAUACCUAACAGGUGUAGUUAGUGUGUGAAUGGGUGAACAGAUGGUAUGGCACAUGUAAUCUACGCACCCGUAGGGAAUUGUUCCUGUUUGCAUGUGCAAGGGGCCUGAAUGGAACGUGUGCCUGGGAUAUCUUAAAGGAUGCGUGUCACUCUGUUCUCUUCUUCGCUUAACCGUGCUCGGACUUCAUCAUUUUUCCGAGCAGUUUGGCGUUACGUCUUACCUUUUUCCCCCGAUCUGUCGGGUGUCAGACUUUGACGUAAAGCUGUGGGCAUGCCCUGUUAGGUUUUGUCUGUAAUGCACACAGUGUUUUGGAAAGCAUUUUGUAUGUAACAGCGGCGCGGUCGAAUGGGCCGCGCUUCAGUGUGACCCAGUUCUCAAUGUAUCGUGUCUUCCACUAUGUGGAUCUAAUUUUCAUUGUUAUUUUUUUUGUUUUUUUGCGAUGUAGUUUAGUGUGUUUCUCAUUUAAUGCAAUGCAGCAUUGUUUUACAUAUUGGAAGAGAACCUGUGUAUUCGACUACUUACAUUGAGGCCUGACAUCCGACGGGGCGGACACACUUUGCACUUUCCUCGACGUUUACCCGUACGAACCGCCUUUCUCCACUAGCGCGAGGACCCAGCCACUGCCUCGCGAUACCGUACUUCCAGUGUUAGAAGCAAUGUUGUUGUAUGUAUAUAUAGCGACACCGGGCCAGUCUCCCUAACUCUGGAGCCGAGCUUCUUCUGUGUAUUCUUCUUAACAGACGCGCGAAAUGUGUAACCGCGAGCCUUGCGUCCUUGCCGUCAUUUUCGUUUCCUCUGAAUACAGUUUUACCACCUUUCUGGAUGUCACUCGACUUCGGUCACCCGCGAGCGCAAUUGUGUGGUUUCUUGUGGAUAGUGCAUCUUCAUCGAACCUUCUUUUUCCUCAUUUAACUAUUAUGCGCAAUGGGCAUCGUGGAGUUUUGAAUAUGUCUGGACUGUGAGGUACGGAUGUUUGAUGUAGUUGUUCACGCACGAAAUUUACUUUGUAAUAACAUUUUUCGUCGUCGUCGUGCCGGGCGAGAUUGAUUGUGUGGCUCGGCUGUGGCCCCCCCGUUAUCAGCAGCAUCUGCAGAAACCAUUUGUAACGAAAUGAAACACUCUUGUGUCGCAUUAUUUUACUCACGAUUCUAAUGAUGUGAUGUUACUUACGGUUGGUGUGGAUGAGGAUUGUAGCUGUGGUGCUAUGAGAUGGAAUCUAGAAGUGGAGAUCAUUAUAGGACAUAGAAAUAAAAGUUUUUAUUGACCA